AUGUCUGCAGGCACACUUUACACAUUUUCAGGAUCUGGAAAUAGUUACAAGAUCCGCUUGCUCGAAGCUUUUCUCGGUAUUAGGCUCAAGCAUGAAGAAAUUGACUUUUUGGGCGAUCAGCAACAUUCACCCGAGUUCCUGAAAAUAAACCCCAGAGGCGAGGUUCCAACUCUUGUGGAUGGUGACAAGACUUUUACCGACUCCAGUUCCAUCUUGAUCUGGCUGGCCGGUAAAUGGAACGAUAAGGGCAAGGCUGAAGGCCCAUCUUCAUACUGGUCUAGUGACCUCUAUGAACAAGCGCAAAUUGUGAACUGGCUAUCAUUUGCCAAUAGUUGGGUGCAGUAUGGUGUCUUUGUGAAUCGUGCAAUUCUCUCAUACAAUGGACCCUACAACGGCCUGGGAAAUAACCAAAAGUGGCCCCAAGAAAAGCUUGAUGUCUUUCUUGAAGAGGGCUCAAUUCGUGGCAACUAUUCUCUCGGGGUAUUGAACCAGCACCUUGCGGAUCGACUCUGGCUUGCUUUGGACCGACCCACUAUUGCUGAUCUGAGUGUAUUUGUUUACGUUGCUCUCGCCCCCAUGGGCGAUAUCAAGCUCCAGCCAUAUCCCAAUGUUAUUGCAUGGAUUGAACGCGUCAAAGAGUUACCUCAAUUCUUCCCCAUUGAAGGGCUUGACGACCCUUUCGUUCGGCGGCGUUGA